AUGCUGUACUUCGAACGUCAUUCACAUGCUGCACCAUCGUGGAUCCCCAGCUGGAGCCAGGAUGCUGGAGCACCGCCGGUCGUCAGCAAGAGCUUGCAGGAAGACGACCACUAUGCGAGGAAGGUUGCCUGGGCUGACAAGACUCUGUGGGAUGAGUUUCGUGCUCCCGCCUUGCGCUCAUUCUUCAACCGUGCACUACCGGAAACCAGCACACUUGUGCUGCCAAAGGGCUCAUCCUACACGGUCUCUCCAAGCCGCUUCGACUCUGCAGACGUCGAGUCUGAAAAGAUCCGAGCACUGCACGACCUUGUGGGCCUUCGCCUAGAAGUCAUUCCGGGGGCACAGCUCUACGAGUGGGACGAGAAAGUGGAGAACAAUUCGAAACUGAGGAUGGCCGUGCCCUGUCCUCCCCACGCAGACGCCGACGCGGAAGCAACAUCUGGGGAGGAAGACAUGCUCAUCCACGGCGAGCUUGUGCCCACCUCCCUGCGACGCCUGGUGGUGCGGGCGGCCGGCACACAAUGGCACUUCGAUCCUCAGAUAGGAGAGGAGCCCUUAGAAAUCCACGAGGAGCAAGAGGAAGAGCACCAGCUGAUGCAUGAGUACCGUUUCUAUAUUCGCCGGAAUCUUGUGCGGCAACCGCAGCUGGCUCAAUCUCGUAGCAUGUUCGGAGAGGCUUCGCCCAAGCGGGCCUCAUCGGCGACUUGGUCCCCAGCCCGGGUGCGCUUUCAUGCACCAGCACAGCCCGACUGGAACCGAUUGGAUGCAGUCGUGGCUGGUGGCCUGCGCAUGCCACCGGCGCUGCCGUAUCCAGUCAAAGCAGGACCUGAUGGACAACGAGCCCAAGACCCGUGCAUAGGUUGGAUGCUGCGCAGCGCUCUCAAGCAGAACCUCUUCGUGCUGAAGCCUCCUGGUACUGGCUCACAUGCGCAAAUUUUCGAGCAAGCCGUGGAGCAGUUGAACGGAAAGUUUGGAGUUGGCACAGAUUUUUUCUUGGUGCUGCAAUCCAGCGGCAGGACAGUUCUACCAAAAGACGUCAGACAACAAACUCUCGAGAACUUCAUCGCUUUCAAGGCAGACCUGGAGGAUCUGUGUUUUGGAAGAAAAGACAACACAAAGCAGCCUUUGCCGUCGCCACGUAGCUCGGUGCCUACAGAUGAUGGUUCUGGUCUGGAUAUCAGCGAGGAUUCUACCGGGGCCUCUUUUCUGGUCAGACGCGGGUGCAGCACUGUGUACAUAAGAGACACAACCCUGCCAACCGCCUUCAAGGGCAGUCGAGAUUGGUUCGAGCUCUUUUACGACGACGUAUUCGCUCCACCAAAGCUCUUCAACUUUGUAAUUCAAUGGCUUGUUUGCUCUUCCACUCAUAUGGUUCACUUCGUCACAUCCUUUACACGCAUUGCAGAGAAGCACGGCUUUACGCUGAUCCGGAUGCCAAUUGCACAGCUUUUCCCUCCACCAGCACCAUACUGGGUCUUCUGCAAUUUCGACAAUGACCGGGAAACUGACUUCGACCGGCUGGCGUUCUACCCCAGGCGAAAGAUUUCGCUUCCAGACUGCAGCGGGGAUCGCACCGAGCUGUUCACAAAGCUUUUGCGCGCAUGGCUCGCGCCGCCUCUGGACUUCCACUUCGUUUAUGCCACGCAGAAUGUGGCCUUCGAGGUGGAAGAAGUGAAGGCACCGCUCCGCGAGAAGAGUCGCGAACUGUUUCAGAGGACGAAAGGUUGGAUUCUGUGUGACCCAGAUGGACUGUGCCUUGUUGCACUUCGAGAAGAGACAGCCUACUGGUAUGAAAACCGUCUGCUUCUUUCCGAUGCUCGCGAUCCCGGCGUGCACGAAGAGAAGCUGGAACGAAUCGAGGCGCUCCGGGCCAAAUUUUACGAGCGGACAGACCAAAUCCUAGAAGACGCGCAAAAGGCUGCAGUACCGCUUUGGAGUGUCCACUGGCUGCCUGCUGCCAGCUCCUCCCCGUGUUCCUUCUUCACCUAG